AUGUCGUCCACUACGGCCGUCUCGACGACGGCGACCGUGACCGCGGCGACCGUGCAGGCCUUGACAACCGAAUUCAAGGCGCCUACGACGUGCUACUCGAUGCAAUUGACUCAAUUAUCGUCACCUGGAUGGGAGAUAUGGCUCAAUGAGCCGCAACCAGUGCCGGGCACCGUCUAUCCAGACUGCUACCCGACUGAGUUCAUCGAUGGUUACACCAGCAUCGCCAACGCGUCGUCUUCAAUUGCACCUAUGAUGAGCCCACUGGUGGCGCCUGAGAACUGGGUUACCGCCUAUGAGCAGGACAACGGCUACAUCGCAUUAUGCCCAAGUGGCUUUCUCAUCCACAUGAUCGAUGACCCAAUAGACACCAAUAGGCCAGCUUAUGGAGCAACAUGUUAUAGCGAUUUCACGGCAGGACAUACAGUCACAGUGAGCGGGUACGACACGCAGGGCUUCACCGGCACCAACCUCUUUAAUCCAAAGUCAACGGACCAGGCAUUCGCUCACGUGAUUGAGGGAAAGAAAUUGACCUCAUCAAUCACGGCGGCAGCCACAACUACAACUUCAGACUCUACUACAUCCACCGCGCAAACGUCUGGUGCAUCGGCCACGAGUACGAGCUCAUCAGAUUCAUCAAGCUCGUCGAGUUCAGUGAGCGGAGGUACCAUUGCCGGGGCCGUGAUCGGCUCCAUCGCUGGUGUGGCUUUGAUCGCUGCCGCCCUCUUCUUCCUUCUCCGCCGCCGAAAAGGCCCAGCCGCCUCGGCCCCGGAAGCUGGAGGACAAGGCCACAGUGCUGUCGAGAUGGGCGAAUCCAGCACAGCUCAAGGAAGUCCUUACCAGGAAAAUUACGCCUUCAAGAACGCGGCCAUCAAGGAUUAUUCGACAGCUCCAAGUCACGCUUCUGCCAUCAGCCCUACCUCGCCAUACGGCCAGAUGCACUACGGUCAAGCGAUGUCCGACGGAAACUAUGCCGAGCUUCCCGCACAUAACCUGUCCGAGCUCGAGACGCCGCCUGGACCUACAUCGGCAUCGAGGGAACUGGAUACCGGAUAUAUGGGAAGCGAGCUACAUAGCAACCACCAAAACCAUCCUCCGUCAUCUCCGCACUGA